AUGAAGAGGUUACAUUUUAUAUUAGGAUUAGAAAUUAUGCAACCAGUUUUACAAUUGAUAAAUAAAGUUAGUAAAAUGCUUCAAAAAGAAAAUUAUGAUUUACUUUCAGCUAUGGCAAAUGUAAAAGCUCUUCGUUUAGCAUUAUUAGAUAUGAGAACAGAAGUAUAUUUUAAAAAAAUAUUUGAUACAAGUGUAUCUAUAUGUAAAGAAUUGGAUGUUCCAAUUCCAUUAAUUAAUAAAAGAAAAAUCUCUUCUCACAUAGACAGUAACAAAACACAAUUUGUUCAAGAAACUAAAGAAUCAGAACUAAGAAUAUCAGCCUUUUAUCCAAUGAUAGACGUCAUGGUUCAUAGUAUUGAUGAACGAUUUAGCCAGGACACUAUGCAAGCUAUAAAUGCAGUUGAUAGUUUACUAAAUAUGGAUAUAUCGCAAACUGACCUAUAUUUUCUAUCUAAAAUGUUUCAAUGUGAUAGUGAAAAACUAGAAGUAGAAGUAAUGCUAUUAAAAAAUAAUUCUACGAUUCCAAAUAAAGACAGCUUAAGUAAUAAAAGUAAAAUCCACGAAUGGUUAAUUUGGUUGAAGUCUAAUGAUCAUUAUAAAUACUUCAACCAAUUUUUUAAUGUCAUUCAAAAGUUUGUAGUGAUCCCAGUAACAAGUUGUACUUGUGAGAGGUCUUUCUCUAAAUUAACCCUAGUCAAAUCCAAAUUAAGAUCUACCAUGAAGCAAGAGAGAUUGAAUGCUUUGAUGGUAUUGACAGUAGAACAGGAAAUGGCAGUAAAUGUUGAUGCUGAUGCUGUUAUAGACGAUUUUAAAAUAGCGGUAGAUUUUAAUAGACGAAUGUCAUUAUAAUAUUUUUGAGUAGUUUAUUUAAGUCAAUAUUAUAAAUAUAUAUUUUUAAUUUUUUUUUUUUAUUAUUAGUCAUGACAUAAGUAAUGUUAUAUCUUUAUUACAUACUCCAAUCUUAAUUAUUUUUAAAUAUAAAGUGACUAUUUAAAACA